GUUUGCCGAACUUGUUCCGCAGCGCCCGCAGCCCGACCGUGCCCAUCGGAGGUGCGGAUUGACCACGCGGGCUGCCACCACCGUCUCGCCCCGUCGUCCUAUCUCCCCGGAGCUUGAGUCACGAUGUCGUCGAUGAACAUCCGCGGGUGCGCCGACGGGGAGACGUCGGCGGAGGACGUGCCGGCGUGCGGCCCCACCUCUACCUCUCGCCUGCCCGUCCGCAAGUUGACCAAGCGCCCACCAGAGGUGGACGGGGAAUCCGUCAGCAAGAGGCAGCGUCUGGACGGCAUGUUGCACGCGGACGGGGUGGGCAAGGGGCAGCAGCAGCAGCGCUCGCUCUCCACCAUGUCGCUGUACAGGCCCAGCGCGGCCACGCGUCCCGCCAAGGUCUUCUCGGCCAUCACGUCUCGCCACACGUCGGCGCCCCAGCAAGUCAAGGCGGCCGUCCCCCCGAGGCACUCGGCAGGCCAGCUGGCCCGGGCCUCGCGUGCACGGCCACCGGCCGGCGCCCCUUCCACCACGGCCGCCCGCGACAAGAAGUCCCUGGUGGCUGCGUCUGCUGCGACCUCUGCUGCACCUAAAGCAGCAGCGAGCGGUACGGCCCGGAAGCUGCCGGCGUGGGACAUCAAGGGCCGCCUGGGCUUGAUGGAGGCCAACUGGAGCCAGGACCAGGCGCGCAUCAAGAUGCUGGAGCAGAUGGUGGGCGAGCUGGAGGGGGUGCGUGUCCUGCGGGAGCGCGAGACGUCAGUGAGCAGCGAGCAGGUGUCGCGUCUUCAGUCGGAGCUCAGCAAGACGGAGACGGAGCUGGGGCCCCUCCGCCGCCAGGUGCAGGAGCUCACCGAGGAGCUGUCGGCGGCGGCGCGAGCACGGCAGCGCGCCGAGCGCGACCUGGAGGCGCGCGACGCCGAGAACGCCGAGCUGCGGCGCUCCGUGGCCGAGGCGUCGGCGCUGCGCCUCGCCAUGACGACGCAGAUCGACGUCGCCGAGUGCCGCCUGCGUGAGCGCGAAUCGGCGCUGCGGGAGGCCGGCGAGCGCGAGGCGGCGCUGGGGGCGGAGGUGGCGACCCUGAGCGCCAGCAUCGAGGAGCAGGGGCGGACGCUGCAGAAGUACGAGACGGAGCGGCGCUACCUGCACAACCUCGUGCAGGAGCUGAAGGGCAACAUCCGGGUGUUUUGCCGCGUGCGUCCCCUCCUCGGCAACGAGGUGACCAAGUCUGCGGAGCACAUCUGUUUCCCCAGCAUGGACGACUCCGGCAUCGCCCUCGUCAAGCAGGAGGAGUCGCACACGGGUCGCGGGGAGUCGAAGCCGCUGCGCUACGAGUUCUCCUUCGACAAGGUGUUCCAGCCGAGCUGCUCGCAGGGGGACGUCUUCCAGGAGAUUUCGCAGCUCGUUCAGUCUGCGCUGGACGGCUACAACGUGAGCAUCUUUGCCUACGGCCAGACGGGCAGCGGCAAGACGUUCACCAUGGAAGGGCCCGACGAAGCCGACUUCUCUCCGCACACCGAGGGCGUCAUCCCGCGUGCCGUCAAACAGAUCUUCUCCGCCGCUCGCCAGCUCGAGCCCAAGGGCUGGAACUACACGUUCCGGGCCUCCUUCAUCGAGAUCUACAACGAGAACCUGCGGGACCUGCUAGCGGGGCCGCGCACCGGCAAGUCCCAGCCGCUGGAGAUCAAGCAGGCGCCCCUCAAGGGGAGCGGCGGUAGCGCCGCCGCCGCCGCCACCACCGCCCAGCUCACAGUCACCAACCUGCUCUACACCCCCGUCACCACCGAGGCAGAGCUGGAGCGCCUGCUGCUGAUCGCCAAGGGCAACCGCUCCGUGGCGUCCACCGCCGCCAACAACCGCUCGUCCCGCAGCCACAGCGUCUUCCAGCUGCACAUCCGCGGCAGCAACGACGUGACGGGGCAGCAGUUCACGUCCCAGCUGAACCUGGUGGACCUGGCUGGCAGCGAGCGGCUGGACAAGUCGCAGUCGACGGGCGAGCGGCUCAAGGAGGCGCAGCACAUCAACAGCAGCCUCACGAGCCUGGCGCUCGUCAUCAUGGCGCUGUCCAACAAGGAGCAGCACAUCCCGUACCGCAACUCCAAGCUCACGUACCUCCUGCAGAACUGCCUGGGAGGGAACUCAAAGACGUUGAUGUUCAUCAACCUCAGCCCUUCGGAGGACAACUUCUCCGAGACGCUAAACUCGCUACGGUUCGCAACAAAGGUCAACGAAUGUGUCAUCGGAACCGCGCAGGCCAACCGGACUUAGACAACCGGACUUAGACAACAACCGGACGCAGACGGAUGGAGUCGUCUCAUCGUUUGAAUCGUGCGCUGGGGGCGGGCGGGGGGGGGGUAAGACCACUUUGAGAGUCCUGACGGAGACCUGAAUCGGAGAGCAGCCCGCCCGCGGCUCGCGAAGUCGUGCAGUCGUGCGGUCGGGGUUUUAUUUUAAAUGUUAGCCCAGGGUUCCUGUUUGCGUUCUCAGUAGUCGCGCGCCAAAAACAACAAAUUCGGUUAGGCGGUUCGCCAGCAGGCAAUGGUCUCCACCGCCAUCGUCGCCACCGCCGUCAUGAUAACCACGUCAUCACGACCACCAUCAUCACCGUCAUCAUCACCACCACCACCAUCAUUAUCAUCAUCACCACCAUCAUCGCCAUCAUAAUCAUAACCUCAUCAUCGCGACUACCAUCAUCACCGUCAUCACCACCACCAUAAUCGUCAACAUCACCACCAUCAUUAUCAUCACCACCACCAUCACGACCACCAUCAUUAUCAUCAUCACCACCACCCAUCAUUAUCAUCAUCACCACCACCUUUAUCAUCACCACCAUCUUUAUCAUCAUCGCCACCACCAUCAUAAUCAUAACCUCAUCAUCGUGACCACCACCAUCACCGUCAUCACCACCAUCAUAAUCACCACCACCAUAAUCACCACCACCAACAUCACCACCACCAUCAUCAUCAUCACCACCACCAUCAUCAUCAUCACCACCACCAUCAUCAUCAUCACCACCACCAUCAUUAUCAUCAUCACCACCACCAUCAUUAUCAUCAUCACCACCACCAUCAUUAUCAUCACCACCACCAUCAUUAUCAUCACCACCACCUUUAUCAUCACCACCAUCUUUAUCAUCAUCGCCACCACCAUCACCACCACCAUCACCACCACCAUCACCACCACCAUCACCACCACCACAGCCUUAACGGACCGUUCGGUGGUGGCACGCAGCCUUUCCAGCAGCCUGUCCCGCCACGCUCAUCUCAUGAAAUGCAUUUUAUAUCUCGUAGAGCGGUGUAGCGUAUUGUAGUAGUAUUGUAGUGUAUCGUGUAGUGUUCUAGUAUAGCGUUGUGUCUGUGUGUCUAGUGGUGUACGUUGAACUUCCUUCGCGCCGUACGUAGCCAGCCGUCGCUAGUCAGAGGUGCGGGUGGAAGGACAACAAAUGUAAACACACAAACAACAACAACGAGCAGCGCCUCAUGAAGGCCGGCACUGUGGCACGGAGAGAGGGGGGGGGGGGGCGGUGUGGUUUGGCCAGCACCACAAAGACAAAGAUCCCUCCCCGUGCCCGCGUAGCCUCAACAGACUGUCGGGGCAAGUGUCGCGAGCGAGUGGCAGCGCCGAUGAAGGCCGGCUACACGGGGAAGUGGUGGUGGUGUUGGUGGUGGUGGUGAUGUUGGUGGUGUUGGUGGUGGUAAUGUUGGUGGUGGUGGUGGUUCCAGCCACACCAAAGACCUCGUGUGCCACAGGUCUGGCCUUCACAGCUGCAACUAACAGCACUUGCCCCCAGCAGCCUGUUAGAGGCCACACGGGGGAGUGGUGGUGGUGGUGGUGAUGUUGUUGGUGGUGGUGGUGGUUCCCGCCACACCAAAGACCUCGUGUGCCACAGUACCGGCCUUCACAGCUGCUGCUUGCAGCACUUGCCCCCAGCAGCCUGUUCGAGGCUACGUGGAGGGUCCGGGGAUCUUUUUGGCACGUGACCUCCGGCCUGUUCGUCUCCUGUGCCUCCCGCCCCACCGCUUGCUGUCGUGUCGCUGUUGGGGCAUGAAUGGGAAUGGCUUGGGGAGGUAAAUAAACAAAAAAGAAUCCACGUCUAUUUA